CGGGCGCGCGGCGGCGGGCACCGGCGGGGAGCGGGCGUCGCGGGCGCACCAUGCGGAGCCUGUGGCCGCGUCCGGUGGCCGCGGCGCUGUCGGCGCUGGGGAUGUCGACCUACAAGCGGGCCACGCUGGACGAGGAGGACCUGGUGGACUCGCUGUCCGAGGGCGACGUGUACCCCAACCCCCUGCAGGUGAACUUCCGAGGCCCCCGGAAUGGCCAGAGAUGCUGGGCCGCCAGGACCCCGGUGGAGAAGCGGCUGGUGGUGCUGGUGGCGCUUCUGGCGGUGGCAGUGGUGGCCUGUUUGGCAGUACUGGGCAUCCAGUACCGGACAAGAACUCCCUCGGUGUGCCUAAGUGAGGCCUGCAUCUCGGUGACCAGCUCCAUCUUGAGUUCCAUGGACCCCACGGUGGACCCCUGCCAGGACUUCUUCACCUAUGCCUGCGGCGGCUGGAUCAAAGCCAACCCCGUGCCGGAUGGCCACUCACGCUGGGGGACCUUCAGCAACCUCUGGGAACACAACCAAGCCAUCAUCAAGCACCUCCUCGAAAACUCCACGGCCAGCGUGAGCGAGGCAGAGAGAAAGGCCCAGGUAUACUACCGAGCCUGCAUGAAUGAAACCAGGAUUGAGGAGCUCAAGGCCAAACCUCUGAUAGAGCUCAUCAAGAAGCUCGGCGGCUGGAACAUCACGGGACCCUGGGACAAGGACAACUUCCAGGACACCCUGCAGGUGGUCACAUCCCACUACCACACCUCCCCCUUCUUCUCUGUCUACGUCAGUGCCGACUCCAAGAAUUCCAAUAGCAACGUGAUCCAGGUGGACCAGUCUGGCCUGGGCUUACCCUCAAGAGAUUAUUACCUGAACAAAACUGAGAAUGAGAAGGUGCUGACGGGAUACCUGAACUACAUGGUCCAGCUGGGGAAGCUGCUGGGCGGGGGUGCCGAGGACACCAUCCGGCCCCAGAUGCAGCAGAUCCUGGACUUUGAGACUGCGCUGGCCAACAUCACCAUCCCCCAGGAGAAGCGCCGGGACGAGGAACUCAUCUACCACAAAGUGACGGCGGCUGAGCUACAGACCUUGGCGCCCGCCAUCAACUGGCUGCCCUUCCUCAACACCAUCUUCUACCCCGUGGAGAUCAAUGAAUCAGAGCCCAUUGUCAUCUAUGACAAAGAAUACCUGAGCAAGGUCUCCACCCUCAUCAACAGCACAGACAAAUGCCUGCUGAACAACUACAUGAUCUGGAACCUGGUGCGGAAGACGAGCUCCUUCCUCGAUCAGCGCUUCCAGGACGCUGACGAGAAGUUCAUGGAAGUCAUGUAUGGGACCAAGAAGACGUGUCUUCCCCGCUGGAAGUUUUGCGUGAGUGACACGGAGAACACCUUGGGCUUCGCUCUGGGCCCCAUGUUCGUCAAAGCGACCUUCGCCGAGGACAGCAAGAACAUAGCCAGCGAGAUCAUCCUGGAGAUCAAGAAGGCAUUUGAAGAAAGCCUGAGCACCCUGAAGUGGAUGGAUGAAGAUACUCGGAAAUCAGCUAAGGAAAAGGCGGACGCGAUCUACAACAUGAUAGGCUACCCCAACUUCAUCAUGGACCCCAAGGAGCUGGACAAAGUGUUCAAUGACUACACCGCCGUGCCAGACCUCUACUUCGAGAACGCCAUGCGGUUUUUCAACUUCUCCUGGAGGGUCACUGCCGACCAGCUCCGGAAAGCGCCCAACAGAGAUCAAUGGAGCAUGACCCCGCCCAUGGUGAACGCCUACUACUCGCCCACCAAGAAUGAGAUCGUGUUUCCGGCCGGAAUCCUGCAGGCGCCAUUCUACACCCGCUCUUCACCCAAUGCCUUGAACUUCGGUGGCAUCGGCGUCGUCGUGGGCCACGAGCUGACUCAUGCUUUUGACGAUCAAGGCCGAGAGUAUGACAAGGACGGGAACCUCCGGCCCUGGUGGAAGAACUCGUCCGUGGAGGCGUUCAAGCAGCAGACCGAGUGCAUGGUGGAGCAGUACAGCAACUACAGCGUGAACGGGGAGCCGGUGAACGGCAGGCACACCCUCGGCGAGAACAUCGCAGACAACGGCGGCCUCAAGGCGGCCUACCGGGCCUACCAGAACUGGGUCAAGAAGAACGGGGCUGAGCAGACACUGCCCACCCUGGGUCUCACCAACAACCAGCUCUUCUUCCUGGGCUUUGCACAGGUCUGGUGCUCCGUCCGCACCCCCGAGAGCUCACACGAAGGUCUCAUCACCGACCCCCACAGCCCCUCCCGCUUCCGGGUCAUCGGCUCCAUCUCCAACUCCAAGGAGUUCUCGGAACACUUCCACUGCCCGCCUGGCUCACCCAUGAACCCGCAUCACAAGUGUGAAGUCUGGUGAAGGGCCAGGCACCCAGAGCGAGAUGGAGGGCAAGGGGGGCCCCAAGAACAUGCCCCUGGACCCACAGACUGCCCCCUCCAUCUGGCGGCCAGCCCCCUCCCCCGACACUGCAGGGUGGUCAGCCGGAACCAAGCCUGCGAUGUGCGCUCUCACUGUAAUCUGAGAUUUGACCCCCAGUGAAGACCCGGUCAUCCCAGGCACACGUGUGUCAGGGGUGUUGGGGUGUCAGGCGGGUUGCCCACCGGGCCUGGACGCUCGCUGACAAGGGCAGGGGGGCCCAGCCCCCUCCGCCCACAUGCAGCACCAGAUAUACCACAAAUACCACUGUGUCAAAUGCUUUAAAGAUAUAUUUUUGGGGAAACUAUUUUUUAAACAUUGUGGAAUACACUGGAAACCUUCAGGGAAAUGAUGCAUUUAAAACACUUUUUUUUAAGGAAAGGAUCGGUAUAUUUAUUAUGUUCUGUUUUUCUAAAUAACCUGUGGACAAGGGAAAGCCCCUGACUAGCCACCUCUCUUCCUUCCUCACUACAAAGCUGGGCUGAAGCAGGAUUCCAGGCCACUGAGCAGGUCCUCACAUAGAGAGGUGCUCCUGCCCUUGGGGUGUGUGGUUCCAGCCCCCUCCCCUGGUUCUUGCUCCCAGCAGAGGAAGGGGCAGCUCGUUGGCACCACCUCCUGGAGAUACCUGCCUCUGAACCUAGAGUCCAUCAGUGGGGACCCCCCAGCAAGGAAACACUGGCCCCCAGAGUCACACUAGGGGACUGAUGGCUGCGUGAGGCCAGGUCUGUGCCCUCCAACCCAGUCUGGAGGUGCCCGAGUACCCCGGACCUGGGUCACGAGCCUUGCGAGGCUGAGACCUCCCGUCAGAGCUCUCUGCCAUACUACGGGGUCCUCUCUCUGUCCCCUUGCUUUUGGGCACCUCCAUCAGCCUGGGACCUGCGGCCACUCUGCAGCGCCCCAUCCCAGCCAUUUCAGAGUCUGCCUUGCACGCCUCUUCUCCUGGGGGAAGAAGAGAAGAGAAAGCAGCGCUCGUCGCCCUGGGUCCCAGGUCCUCGCUUGGGCUCCGACCUCCGCCCCCUCCCUUCCCGGCUCCAGGACCACAGCCAGCCCUGGCCUCCCGCUGAGUGCCUUAUCUGGGGCUGCGCCCAGGCCCCCGCCCGAGGAGACCGCCCUCCGUGCCAGGGCCCACACAGUUGCCCCCUCAGAGGGCAGCCCCCUCUGCUGCCCAGAGGCCCGGGCCUGCCCGUCAGCGGCACCGCGGUCAGGAGUCUGAGGACCCCCUGAACGUGCCCCGGGCUCCAGCCCACCCUCAGCCCUGGGCUGAGUGGAGACAGUACUUGCCGUGGACCCUCCUCUUCUUGCGGGGUGCUCUGAGCCGGGUGGCCGGUUCAGGGGGCGGGCACGGUGGGUCUGGCCCGAGGUGUCAGGGCACCGGGCAUGCCGUCUCCUCCGCGCCGCCGCAGCUGGUCGGGCUGGCCGCUUUGGGACGCCCCCAGCGGGCGGAGCUCGGGCGGGGAAGCAAGGGGAGCCCCAGCCGCCUGGCGCCGCGCCCCCUGGCGCUCUGGGCAGCCGCCCUCUGAGCCGCGCCCCCUCGAGGGAGCCCCGCGGGGCCGGCGUCUCUGCGGGCACAGGGGUGCGGGGUUUGGAGCUGGGAAUCUAUUCUUUUGCAUUACCACGUUUCGUGCGACUGUAGUUCUCUGCGGCACCAUUGUAACUGAAAUAAAGUACUUACACCGA